AGCGCGAGUCAAGUUGAACAAAAUUUUUUAUUCCAUCAGUGUGAUCGAAUGAGGUAAACAGAAGAAGACAGAGCGACAAGUGCGCGUCGACUUCUCGGUACAUAUGAAUUUGUAAAUGGCUGACGCUAUUCUGAGAAAUUGUGAUUAGAUAGUGUGUGAUAAACUAAAAGUGCUUAAAAUAAAUCAAGAAUUUUAAACAAAUUCGAUACAAAAAAAUACCGCCAUAAAUAUUUAGAAAAAAAUAUUGUUGAAAAUCGUUUUCAAACCGUAUUGUGUUAACAACGAAAUUAUAUUUGUAUUGUUUCCCGUUUCUGUUGUUGAUGGAAUAACAUCAUGUCUUUGUGGGAGCGAGUAUCUGGCCAAGCGGGUUUUGAAAGAAUCAAGUCGUUGUAUAACGAAAAUUUUCCAUUGGAAGUGCGUAUUUUGUGCGCUGCAUGGAUUGAAGAACGAAUCAAAUCGGAACAAUACAUUGAUAUAAAUGAUCCGCAAUAUGAACAGCGUGCGGCAAAUUUUAUAUCAAAUUUGAUACAACAAUUGGAUUUGGAAAAGCAACGUCUUAAAAAGCCCGAAGAAUUGUCAAUUAAAUAUCGGAUCGAAGAUGCAAUGCGAACAUUUACACAAAAUAUCUAUAGUCCGGGUCAAUUAUACAAACAAAUUCGUGACGCAUUAAUGUAUGAACAGCAUAUUUUGGAUUCGUGCGCCAAUAAUCCUCAAUUAAAUUAUGUGGACAACGAGGUGCUCGAAAUAAAUGAAAAAAUUAAAAAUUUACGCAACCUCAUCAUGCACAAUAACGACGCGGGUAAUCGAUAUAAACAUGAAUUGGAACAGUGCAUGUUGCGUUACAGCGAAAGUUCAAAACGCAUUCAAGAAAUGCGUAGCAUGCCAAAAACGGCAGAAAAUGAAGAUCAGUGUGUUGCAUUUAUGGAAGAAUGUAAACGACAAGUUUGCCUAAUGUCAGACAAUAUAAAUCAACGACGUAUUGAAAUAUAUUCACAAAUUCGAGCUGUCAUCGAUCUAUUGGACGAAGUACAAAAGAUUGUCAUCCAUAAACGGUUGGGCAAAUGGCAACGUGAUCAGGCAUUAGCUGGUAAUGGUGCACCAUUGCCAUUGAGUGCGCUCGACGAAAUCCAAAAUUGGUUCGAAGAUUUGGCCGAACUCAUUUGGAAUACACGCACAUUGAUAGAUACCAUGCGCAAGUCGAAUAUGCCAAUUAGUCCGGCAAAUUUUGACGGUUUUGAGGUAGCCUAUCGUGAAAUCACCAAUCUCCUUCAGAAUCUGAUUGUAUCAGGUUUCAUUGUGGAAAAACAACCGCCACAAGUUAUGAAAACCAACACAAGAUUCGCUGCGACUGUACGUCUACUGUUAGCUAACGUUAGCAUUCACCUAAAUAAUCCAUUUGUGACCGUGUCCAUUUUGUCAGAGGCACAAGCUCAAGCGCAACAGCAAAAUCAUUCGUCGCCAUUGGCUGAAGCGUCUGGUGAAAUUUUGAAUAAUACCGGAAAUUUAGAACUGCAACAGGCUACACGACAUUUGACGUGCAACUUAAGGAAUAUGCAGCUUAAGAAGAUCAAACGGGCCGAGAAAAAGGGAACCGAAAGUGUAAUGGACGAGAAAUUUGCUUUGCUAUUUCAAUCGAAAUUCCAAACCGGUGACAUGCAAUUGAAUGUUUGGGUGAUGUCAUUACCCGUCGUAGUUAUCGUCCAUGGAAACCAAGAGCCACAAUCUUGGGCUACCAUCACAUGGGACAAUGCAUUCUCUGAAGUUAGUCGCAUUCCAUUCAAUGUAACUCCUGGAGUGUCAUGGUCGAGAAUGGCAUCAGCUCUAAACAUGAAAUUCUACUCUCAAACUGGUCGUAGUUUGACAAACGACAAUCUUUACUAUUUGUGUGAGAAAGCGUACAGAGCAUCUAUAAAUUUUAAUCCCGAAGAACGUCCAAUCACAUGGUCUCAAUUUUGUAAAGAAGCAUUGCCCGAUCGAACAUUCACAUUUUGGGAUUGGUUUUAUGCCGUCAUGAAAUUGACACGUGAUCAAUUGCGAGGUCCAUGGACUGAAGGUCUCAUUAUCGGUUUCAUAAAUAAGCGUCAGGCUGAAGAAAUGCUUCUCAAGUGCCCACCCGGUACAUUUUUAUUACGAUUCUCGGACAGUGAACUCGGAGGUAUAACAAUUGCUUGGGUUGAACACACCGUUGAUCAAUUACCGCAAAUUGUAAUGCUGCAACCAUUUUGCCACAAAGAUUUUGCCAUUCGUUCACUUGGUGAUCGUAUCAAAGAUCUGAAUCAAUGCGUCUAUCUCUAUCCAGAUAUUCCGAAGGACAAAGCUUUCGGCAACUACUAUACACCAUUGGGUGUUGAAUCAUCGACAAAUGGAUAUGUAAAGCCAAUACUUAAAACAACCGUGCCAGAAGAAUGUAAACCAUGUAGUUAUCCAAAUACUCCACAACAUAAUUGGCAGUCACCAGACGACAGUCAUACGCGUGACACAGCAUCAGUGACAAGUUUCCAACCCCAUGAACCAGAUAGUUUCAACACGAACGAAGAAUAUUAUAUGGAAGAAGGUCUAGUAGAUGACCUCAAUGACCUCAAUGCUCUAUCGGACUAUGUCAACUGAAAAACGCAAACCAUUAGAGCAUACAACACAUUACUGAAAUAUUGAACGAAACGAAAAAAAAAAACAGAAUAACACAUACAA